AUGGCUGGAAGAACACCUUCAACUGCCAGGAUUCUGGAGAAGCUGGGAGAAAGUGGCGGAAUAGGCAGGAUAAGAUCGCUGAUGUUUUGUUAUACGAUUGAUUAAGCGGAUUACAAUAUUUGCAUGUAAGUUUGAUCACUGAUUUGUAUUUUCUGUUUUUAGGUUAAUUUGAUGAUGUUAAACUGAUCUGGGCAUCAGAUGUAGAAGAAAGUGGACAGAACAAACCAGAUGUGCGUGUAUGUGCCGUCAGCUACAAUCGACUAGAAGAAAUUAAAGCUGGGUUAAACGUAAGUUAGUUUUUUGCUUUGGUUUUUCUGUUUUUAGGUCUAGUUAAAGGAUUUUCUUCUGGUUUUGGCAUCAGGACCAAGGAUAAUAUACUUUUGUUAACUUUGAUGUUUUUCAGUGAAGCUGUCUGGAUUGUCUUUUAAAACGAGUUGUGCAAGACCAUGGACGUUGUUAUUAGCUGCAAAUCAGGAACAGAAGAGCGCAUAGAAGUUCAGAACCAAUCGUCUGUAAUCUUCUACUUGGAGGCAUAGAUGGAUCGAUUGAAAAUGGCCUUUUGAUAGAGUUGGUAGCUAUUGUAAGUUGGUUUUAUUGUCAAUGUUAUGAUUAUUAAGGUUUCACAGUUAUGUAAGACAUACCUAAACUUUUUAAUACGGCUUUUGUAUGAUAUUAUUUGCGAAUCUUGGAUGUCAUGGAUAAUAUCGUAAUUUUGAAGGUAAAAGUUUCUUAUCGGAAAAGACAUGCUUUCAUGAUAAUUUUUGUUGUAUUUAAUAAUUUUUGAACGAAAAAUGUAUGGUUUUGUGAUUUUUGUGGUUGAGAUAUUAUCAUAGGCAUCUAGCAUCUAUGGAUAAUAGGUUGAAGGACUUCUGCUAUAUUAUUAGUGAAUACUGGUUGUAGAAGCGUUUUUAGUUCUUUCUUUUUGGUACCUGAGAUUGAAAGUGGAGUUUUUAAGUUUAUAAUAAUGUUUUUGUCGUUAAAAUUAUCAGGUGGAUCAUGGAUAACAUUCUAAAUCUCUUACUUUUUAUUAUCGAACUUUGAAUAAUGUUAUCGUUUUUUUUAGAAGCUUCUCCGGCUCCAUUUGAAAUUUCAAGAAGCUUCAGACCCAUCGAGUUCCAAUGGGAGAUCCAGAACCUCGCCAAAUCAUAGGCAACAUCAGAUGGACUAUGACCAAGGUGACCUUAGAUGA